GGCAUUUCCAGAAAGGGGCGUGGCGACACAUCUGAAUGGAUGAGGCACCGGUGGUAACAUCUGAAGAAACAUUUUAAACUUCACAACAAACUUUGAAACAAGGUUGUAUAUGACUGCGGGAUGCACGGCAGACCCCCAAGCGUGUCUCAUAACGAGGCACUAAAGGUCUGGGUUCAAAUGUAAUGGCCACACUUUGGACAAGGUGGCUUCUUUCCAUGUUGUUGGCCAACCUGCUAAAUUGUCUUGCUCAAGGUCCUCCUGUUGCUCCCUCUCCUCCUGAGUGCUCUAUCCCAUGUGGUGAGAAAAACAAUUGCGUAGAUAUCCACUGUAAUCCCGGGCUGGACCCUCGGAACUCCACAGAGUACAGCCUGCACUGGGAGCCAGCAGAUAGCGAGGAGAGGCAGGGGAUCAGUGGUAACACUUCGGAUUGGAUUAUCCGUCGCAUACAAUUCAAACGCGGGAAACUUCGUGUUUGGGUCCGGGCUAAGAACCAGUAUGGUUCUGCUAAAUCUCCAUACUCAAUACUCAAUACUGAACAUAUCCUCAAGCUGCCCCCUCCAAAAGUUGCAUCGCAUCAAGAGUUCUUCAAUAUUUACUGGAAUUUCACCUGUGAUGAUAUGGAUGAUACCUGUGGUCUCUUUUUGAGAUAUUGUGAUGUCCGAUAUCGGACUGAGGCAGAACAAGACUGGCAUGAGGAUGAGGAUGAGGAUGAUCUCAGCUAUACAAUGGACGAUCCCCAGCCCAGCACUGUCUAUGAAUUUCAAGUUCGUUGUGCCUGUGGCAAAUGCUUGAAGAGCGACUGGAGUGCAAUCCACAGAUUACGAAGCACAGAGACAGCCCCUGUUGGAGUGCUGGAUCUAUGGCAGGACUGUGACAUAACUCAGCAAGGAUCUGACUGUGCUUUGACCUGGAAGAAACUUCCUCCGACUUGUGGUCUAAUUCUGGGAUAUGAAGCCAGACUGUCUUACAACAGCACUCUGGUGUUGCUGAAUGUGUCUACAGCUGAGCCAAGGGGCUUAUUGGUGUGUGAGGAGAUACAAUGCCACCUCACGUCCUCUCUAAAGGACGUAUCCUCAGUCAGUGUAUCUGCCUACAAUGCUCAGGGGGCCACGGUGCCGUCUUACCUCACUUUGCCGAUACCAGGUAAAGAGAAAACAGAUCAAGCUAUUCACGUUGAGAUGAAUGAAGAGAACCUCACUGUAUCCUGGGAUUCACCCUCUCAGCCCUCAGACAACCUGAAGGAACAUGUGGUGCAAUACAAACAAGUUGGCUGUCCUUCAGGCCAAGGAUUUGAUUGGGUCAAAGCUACCACAAACCAAACAACAGCACUUUUUAAAGGUCAAUAUAAAAAGUACACCCCGUACCAAGUGUCACUGUUCACUAUAUCACAUGGCAGUGAAGUCCAUCACAUUUCAUCCGUUAUUCGAUAUUCACUUGAAGGAUCCCCCUCCGCAGUGCCAUCAUUUAAGGUGUUCUCGAUUGCUGACACUCAAGUGACCUUGUUUUGGGAGUCUAUUCCUCUAUCCAAACAGAGUGGGGUGAUCCUGUACUACCAAAUAGUUGUAUACAGUGGAGUACACAGACAAACCGUGCACAAUGCGAGUGCAUCUCCACAGCAUGAAAAUACUUAUAAACUGGAGCAUCUCAAUCCAGAGCAGAACUAUGAGGUGCGAAUAAGAGCCGUGACGGCAGCCGGGCCCGGAGCAAAUGCCAUCGCAAAGUUCAAAACGAAGCACCGUGAAGAUUACGCCCACCGAAUAUUACCAACUGUGCUUGUAGUCCUUUCUGUGGUUGUGAUAUGCUUCGUCAUUGCCUUAUACAGUAUUUUUGGGCGAGAGAACAAAGCGUGUCUUCCAAGUUUCUAUUACAAAGUGCCAGAUGCCCGUAACAGCCACAUUUUCAAAAACAAGCACAUGAUUAGUGACUCUUUGGGUUGGAUCUGCAUUCCCCUCUUUGAGCCACAUCCCAAGAUCUCUCUGUUGGAGGUUGUGGAAAUCCGAAGCAGGGUUUUUAAGUCCUCCCUGGAAAAAGCCUCCGACCCUGAAGGAUUAACAAGGCCAGUGAUCGGAGAUGAGUGUUCACAGAUGGACAGUCAAGACGAUAAGAGGGAGGAAGCUGUCCCAGAGGAGUGUCACAGGGCAGACCAUAGAUACGGAAGAGAAGAGUACAGCAAAAUGGUUGACUCCGAAGAGGAGAGGGACAGGAAGGAGGAGAACGGGGGAGAUUGCUUGAGCUCAUCAGAUGAAGAUCUGUCAAUGUCGGGCUACGAAAAGCACUUUAUGCCCACUGUUUUUGAACUUAGAGUUUGAUGUUUUCUCUAUGAAUGGACUGCAUUUGAAUGGAUUGCAUAUAGACAGUGCUUAAUGACCCCUCAAAGCUCAAAGUCAGAAUUCACCCAUUCACUCACAUUCAUACAGAGGGAGAGGCUACCUAACAAGGUGCUACCUGCUCAGGUAGACUACACACAAGCCAUUGGGAGCAAUUUUGGGUUAAGUGUCCUUCCCGUGCUGGGGACCCAACCACCCUCUACAUUGACUUAUCAACAUUCAUAUCACAUGUUUUUUCUUUUUUCUUUGAAAUGUGCAAGACAUGUUUAAUGUAGACAUUUGAUUUUAGACCAUGACCCUCAGGAAAGGUUUCAGUAGCAUCUCUGCAGGCCCCAGGAGGGUGGGCUCAGGUCAUUGGAAAUGUACCAAAGCUUAUGACAGUCAGCCAGUUUUUCUCUCUAACCUGACUUCUACAUUUAAAUAUUACUUAUUAAGUACAUGGCAAUCACUUUCCUUACAUUUCCUUUUUUAAUUACAUCUCAAAUGUAGGCCCCCAUUGUUGUGGGUAAGGCAAAACAACACAUGUGACCACAAACUGACAAUUUACUGGGGGUGCAGUACAUUUUAUUUAUUUUAUGAUCGACACAUUAAUCCAGACUGGACCCUAAAUAUAAAGUAAAUUAGGAAUUAUUUGUGAUACACCUUCUUAUACACAUAAUGACAUGUAUAAAUAUCUCAGGAUACUGUUUGGAAUGUAAGUACAUUUGUGUUGCAUAUGUAUAGUAUGGAUAUUUAAAAGGAAAAGCCAUGCUAAAACGUAGUUUUUCUAAUCAGAUGUCCCUGAAUUAAUGCCCUAUCCGUUGGCUGAGGAUGUUUUUGUUCAAUUUGAAUGAUCAACUUCCAGAUAAGCUUGUGAAUGUUGGACAUUUGAUCAUGUGUAAUAUGUAAAGCAGAAAAGCCCAUAAACAUAAAAAUGAAUUUAAGAGCUACAGGAACUUUUGCUAUUUUGAACUGAUUGAAUGUAAAUGUUAAAAUGUGAUAUCUGGAGUUAUUUCAUGAUAUAUUUAUAGUAAGGCAAUGUAACCACUUCCUUUUUAAAGUGGUCUUUAAUUAUCCUUAACAUUUCCUUGCACAUUUGAUAUUGCAUCUUUUACAUGAUAUUGCAUUUUUUACAUGGUUUGUAUGUGUAAAUAAAGAAACGUCCUGUAAAAAAGAAAUGAA